AUGGAUUUGGCAUGCGUUUUUUGGUCCCCCCCUGGAUCAAACAACGACAUUAAUGUGUUGAAUCGGUCGCCGUUGUAUGAUACUACUAGAAAUGGAACGGCUCCAAACACGUCAUUCACUUUACGCGGCUGCAUGUACAGACGUGGGUAUUUGCUUACUGAUGGAAUAUAUCCUAAGUGGUCUACGUUUGUAAAAGCGUAUCCGCAUCCAGUUGAUCCAAAGGAAGUGAAAUUUAAGCGAGUGCAAGAGGCGGCGAGAAAAGAUGUAGAACGGGCUUUUGGGGUGCUUAAGGGAAAAUGGAAGUUUUGGAACGUCCAAUCCGGAUUAUGGAUAAGGAGAAGAUAG